CCCCCCCCAACCCCCACCUGGGGGGUCUCCAGCCCCAUUGUUGAGCACGGAGCGAUGCUGGGCUCCAUGUCCCCGCUUCCCCCUCCCCUGUGUUAUCUCUGCUGUGACUCAACCCCUUGUUUAGAGACUUCCAAGCCCGUUUCCUGCCCCAACCCCACGCGCCCGACCGGCACCACCGUCUCCGGAGCAAAACAUACCCCAGAACCCGGUUUGGAGCCCGGUUCGUGGGACAACGGGGGGGCACCUCGAACCUCGGGGUCAGCCACGGGGGGUCUCCGUGUGCCCUAAAUACUCCGUGCCCUCCCCGUUAUGGGGCUGCAGGCUCCAUCCCCGCAGGGAAGCCCCGUCUAUGGUGCACGCCUGGCGCCGGCUCGGCCUCCCUUAUCUCGCCGGGAAGUUGGGAGCAGGAAACGCGGCCCCGAGCGGGAUAAGGGUCCCGUUUAUAUUAUGGCUUUGUUGUGGCUCCCACCCUCACGUCGUACCCACAGGGGGGGGGUCGGUUGUUGGGAUGGACAAGCUGGGACCCCUGAUUUGAAGGGCUUAACUCGCCCUUGUGGCUCCCAUAGCGUUUGGGGUGGGGGCUUUAUGGGACACCCCACUUCUCCCCUUUCCUAUAGGGCUGGGUUAUGUGUUGUUACACUGUGCUGCUCGCUGCCCCCCUCUGUGCCCUCAUUAUGGGGACACCGGGCAUCCCCUGCCCCACAACCCACACACCCGCCCCACAGUCGCCACGUCCUGACCCCAUCCUCAUCUCAAACCCGAAACCCGGACACACGAAUCAAUGAAUUCCCCAAACGGGGCAGGUCCGGGGGAGGGGAGAAUCCCGGCACAGGAAAAAAGCUUUGUACGCUGUUCCUUAUGGGCAGAGCGAUCCGGGCCGCCCCACAGCGCGGCCCCAUCUCCUGACACUCAACUCCGCCGCCCACCCUCGUCCCCCUCUGCCCCAUGUUCCGUUCUCGUCGUGCCGCUCUGCUGAGGCGGCUGUGGCGGCAGCGCUGCGCGACCCCCGGCCCCGAGGAGGGUCCCGGUGCCUUGAAACCGGCGGCUCACGCCUUGUUCAAGAAGCUGAAGGACGAGGAGCUGGAGCUGCUGCUGCAGGCGGUGGAGAGCCGAGGUGCCUGGGAGUCCGGCUGCGUCUGGGUGCCGCGGGGGGCCAAGCAGGCGCUGCCCCCCCAGGUCCUGCUGUGCCGCCUGUUCCGAUGGCCCGACCUGCGGCAGCCCCAUGAGCUCAAGCAUCUCUGCUACUGCCAGAGCGCGGGGGGCCGGGGGGGCUGCGGGGAUGCGGCUGCUCUCUGCUGUAACCCCUAUCACUUCAGCCGCCUGGCUGCGCCCGAGACCCCUCCACCUCCAUACUCGAAGUCCAUCAGCCCCUCUUGGCCGACCGAACCCAAGUCCCCCCAGCUCCUGGAAUUCAACUGCAACCACACGGAAUGGCGCGACACCAGCCUCUCUCGGAGCUCCUCACGCGACGGCUGCUGGUGCAAACUGGCAUAUUGGGAACACAGGACACGAGUGGGUCGCCUCUAUUCAGUGCACGAAGCAUCAAUCAACGUCUUCAACGAGCUGCCGAGGGGCAAUGGGUUCUGCUUGGGUCAAUUGCCCGCUGUGCAUCGCAGCCGAGCCGUGCGCCGGGCAAGGGGGAAGAUUGGGAGGGGGCUGCUGCUGAGCCGUGAGCUGGGCGCUGUGUGGGCCUAUAAUAGAAGUGAGCACCCUAUAUUUGUUAGCUCGCCCACCCUGGGUCCACCCGGAGCUCACGGGCUCGCAGUGCUCAAAGUGCUGCCCGGUUAUUCGGUGAAGGUGUUUGAUUAUGAGAGGGUGGGAGGGAUGGGGGUAUUGGGGUGGCAGAAUGGGGAUGGACCUUGUGACCCACACAGUGUCCGGAUCAGCUUUGGGAAGGGCUGGGGGCCGUGUUACUCGAGACAGUUCAUCACUUCUUGCCCGUGUUGGCUGGAGGUGCUGCUGGCACAACCCCAUUGAGUGGCCAUAGGGGGUGGCACAAACUCCCCCCCCUCUAUAUGCACUGGGUGCAUUCCCAUAGGGCCCAUGGGACCCCCCACCACCCCAGGGCAGCACCCAUUGUCCCCCCCCCCAUAAAGCCAGAUGAGGUGCUGGGGGAGGGCGUUAUUUAAUCUCUCCUUGUUUAGGAUGAUUUCAGUGGUUACGUUGUAUUAUUUAAUGUAUGUUAUUUGGGCAGAAGGGAGGAGGAAGUUGGGUAGGGGGGGGGUGAGCAGGGAAUGUGCAGGUCUAUGGGGGGGUGGCCCCUGAGUAGCAGGUGUGGGAUGGGAAGGAGGAGCACAGCUGGAAUGGGGGUGAGCACAGCUGGAAUGGGAUGAGCACAGCUGGAAUGGGGGUGAGCACAGCUGGAAUGGGAGUGAGCACAGCUGGAAUGGGGUGGGUGCAGCUGGAAUGGGAUGAGCACAGCUGGAAUGGGGGUGAACACAGCUGGAAUGGGAUGAGCACAGCUGGAAGGGGGUGAGCACAGCUGGAUUAGGGGAGGUGGGCACAGCUGGAAUGGUAUGAGCAUAGCUGGAAUUGAGUGGGUGCAGCUGGAAUGGAGUGAGCACAGCUGGAAUGGGGGUGAGCACAGCUGGAAUGGGGAGGUGGGCACAGCUGGAAUGGGGUGAGCAUAGCUGGAAUGAACGCAGCUGGAAUGGGGUAAGCACAGCUGGAGUAGGGGGAGGUGGGCACAGCUGGAAUGGGAUGAGCACAGCUGGAAUGGGGGUGAGCACAGCUGGAAUGGGGUGAGCACAGCUGGAGUAGGGGGAGGUGGGCACAGCUGGAAUGGAGUGAGCGCAGCUGGAAUGGGGGUGAACACAGCUGGAAUGGGAUGAACACAGCUGGAAUGGGGUGAGCACAGCUAGAAUGGGGUGAGCACAGCUGGAAUGGGAUGAGCACAGCUAGAAUGGGGGUGAGCACAGCUGGAGUAGGGGGAGGCGGGCACAGCUGAAAUGGGGUGAGCACAGCUGGAAUGGGGGAGGUGGGCACAGCUGGAAUGGGGUGAGCACAGCUGGAAUGGGGGUGAGCACAGCUGGAAUGGGAUGAACAGCUGGAAUGGGAUGAACACAUCUGGAAUGGGGGUGAGCACAGCUGGAUGGGGGUGAGCACAGCUGGAAUGGGAUGAACACAGCUAGAAUGGGGGUGAGCACAGCUGGAUUAGGGGGAGGUGGGCACAGCUGGAAUGAGGGUGAGCACAGCUGAAAUGGGGGUGAGAGCAGCUGGAAUAGGGGGAGGUGGGCACAGCUGGAAUGAGGGUGAGCACAGCUGGAAUGGGGGUGAGAGCAGCUGGAAUAGGGGGAGGUGGGCAUAACUGGAAGGGGGUGAGCACAGCUGGAAUGGAGGAGGUGGGCACAGCUGGGAGUGAGCACAGCUGGAAUGGAGUGAGUGCAGCUGGAAUGGGGGUGAGCACAGCUGUAAUGGGGGUGAGCACAGCUGAAGUAGGGAGAGGUGGGCACAGCUGGGAGUGAGCACAGCUGGAAUGAGGGAGGUGGGCACAGCUGGAGUAGGGGGAGGUGAGCACAGCUGGAAUGGGAUGAGCACAGCUGGAAUAGGAUGAGCACAGCUAGAAUGGGGUGAGCACAGCUGGAAUGGUAUGAGCAUAGCUGGAAUUGAGUGGGUGCAGCUGGAAUGGGGUGAGCACAGCUGGAGUAGGGGGAGGUGGGCACAGCUGGAAUGGGGGUGAGCACAGCUGGAAUGGGGAUGAGCACAGCUGUAAUGGGAUGAGCAUAGCUGGAAUGGAGUGGGUGCAGCUGGAAUGGGGGUGAGCACAGCUGGAAUGGGGGUGAGCACAGCUGGAAUGGGGGUGAACACAGCUGGAAUGGGGAGGUGGGCACAGCUGGAAUGGGAUGAGCAUAGCUGGAAUGGAGUGGGUGCAGCUGGAAUGGGGUGAGCACAGCUGGAGUAGGGGGA